AUGAAGAAGGAAGAGAAAGUGCAGAGAGUGAUAAUCGUCGGAGCAGGCCCUUCAGGUCUCUCCGCCGCCGCAUGUUUCACGAAGCAUUCAAUUCCGUACAUAAUCCUUGAGAGAGAAGAUUGUUUCGCUUCUCUCUGGAAGAAAUACUCCUACGACCGUCUCCACCUGCACCUCAGAAAGCAGUUCUGCCAGCUUCCCCACAAGCCAUUCCCACCCUCUUUCCCUCCCUACGUUCCCAAGAACCAGUUCCUCCAGUACCUCGACGACUACGUCUCCCACUUCGCCAUCGCACCGCUCUAUCGGAGGACGGUGGAGCUCGCCCAGUACGACGCCUCCAGCUGCCGCUGGAGGGUGGAGGCCCGGAACGGGGACUCCGGCGAGGUGGAGGAGUACUGCGGAAGGUUCCUGGUGGUUGCUACUGGGGAAACUAGCGACCCUUUUGUGCCGGAGGUGGAAGGGUUGAGUAGCUUCCCUGGGAAGGUGAUCCAUUCCACCGGGUUUGCGUCUGGGAAGGAGUUCAAAGAUGAGCAUGUUCUUGUUGUCGGGUCUGGGAAUUCUGGCAUGGAAAUCGCCUUGGACCUUGUCAACCAUGGUGCCAAAACCUCCAUUCUCGUCCGAAGCCCGGUUCAUUUUCUGUCAAGGGAAAUGGUGAGUUGGGGGUUGUUUCUGCAGAAGUAUUUGUCGUUGAGCUUUGUGGACUCGUUGAUGGUGAUACUUAGCACCAUGUUUUAUGGUGAUGUGACCAAAUAUGGAGUCAGAAGACCCAAUGAGGGUCCCUUUUACAUGAAGGUCAAGUAUGGAAAGUAUCCAGUUAUUGACGUUGGAACCUAUGAAAAAAUCAAGUCUGGAGAAUUGAAGGUUUUGGCAGCAGAAAUAGAAAGCGUGAGAGGCAAGGAUGUCCUGUUCAAGAACGGUGAGUUGCACCCAUUUGACUCCAUUGUUUUCUGCACCGGCUUCAAGAGAUCAACCAACAAGUGGCUCAAGGGAGAUGAUUACCUUCUCAAUGAUGAUGGUCUUCCAAAGCCCAGUUACCCCAUCCAUUGGAAAGGAAACAAUGGUUUGUACUGUGUUGGCCUGUCAAGAAGAGGCUUCUAUGGCGCUGGUGCAGAUGCUCAAAAUAUAGCAAAUCAUAUAAGCUCUUUCACGCAACCUUGA